GUCUGUCAGCCCCCGUAUCGAGAAGCGACACCUCGACAAAAUAUUUUGAAUGUGGGCGGAACUUCCGGCUGAGUGUACCCGGAAGAUUUGGAUGCAAGUUUCUCGGACGUUCAUCCAUAUGUUCGCUUUUUAUGUAUCGAUCACUGGUUUUUAUUUAAUUUAGGUAAUUUUAUAAACUCAAUACCGGGACGAUGUUAUCUUUAGAUUUCCUUGAUGAUGUGCGGCGGAUGAAUAAGCGCCAGCUCUACUACCAGGUGCUGAAUUUUGGUAUGAUAGUGUCCUCAGCCCUGAUGAUCUGGAAAGGACUGAUGGUCGUGACAGGCAGCGAGAGCCCUAUUGUUGUUGUUCUCAGUGGAAGUAUGGAGCCUGCUUUCCAUCGAGGAGACCUUCUGUUCCUGACAAACCGGGUUGAGGACCCCAUCAGAGUCGGAGAGAUUGUGGUCUUCAGGAUAGAGGGCAGAGAGAUCCCCAUAGUACACAGAGUACUAAAGAUUCAUGAAAAGGAAAAUGGCGAAAUCAAGUUCCUGACCAAAGGUGACAACAACUCUGUAGAUGACAGAGUGUACAAGCCAGGACAGCACUGGCUAGAGAAGAAAGACGUGGUGGGACGAGCCAGAGGGUUUGUGCCAUACAUAGGAAUCGUUACCAUUCUGAUGAACGACUAUCCCAAAUUCAAGUACGCUGUUCUCUUCCUGCUGGGUCUGUUUGUCCUGGUCCAUCGGGAGUGAGGAAGAGACUACCUAACUAUCUGCCACGGAGGAAGAAUUGGAAAUCCCCACCAUGCCUUUUAAGACAGAAUUAUGUUGAUUAUGUCAAAUGAAGUUGCUUUGUCUGUACCAUAUGUUUUGAAUUGUGUUUAGAAAUGUGGAUAGUGUUUACAUUAUAAAAAAACAAGCGUUCAUUAUUUUUGUGAGGGGAAAUUAGAUAUAAGUUAAGUAGAAUAAAGAGCUGUAUUUCUUUAUUUUCUUUUUUCAGAACAUGAAUCCAACAUUUUAGAUGGUUAAUUGUGUGUUUGGUUUUCACUUUUUAUUAGGUUUUGCUUUGCUUGAAAUAUUGAAUGACAAGUGAUAUGUUUGUGACAUUAAAUAUGACAUCUGUUACCCUCUA